CCCAUUAACAGGAACUUGAGAGAUGACAGACAACUACCCUCCCCAAACCAUUUCCUCACCACCAUCAACCCCAAUGAACCUGCACACUUUUCGAUCUCCCAUUGGCCAGCUCAACCCAAAAGUCAAACCAAACCACGAACCCACCAAUCCUCUCAUGCCAACUCAACAAUCAGCCACCUCCCUCCACCGGUGUAGGGGCAUCGCUCACGAGAAGAAACUGACACACAAAGCCUAGACAGAAAGAGAGAGAGUGUACGCGUGCAUUUGAGUUUGUGUGCGUUUGUUUUGGACAUUCUCUCGUCACCACCUUCCCCAUGUACAACAAAAAGAAACAGACCCAGAAGGAUCACCAUGUGGUCCUAAUUCCCUCACUCACACACUAACUCUUUGCUUUUGUCACCUUUUUUGCCAACUAUAAUUCAGUGAAUCAGUCCCACCCCACAAAGCCAGAAACUGAUUAAUAUCUUCUUCUCUCCUUACUUUUGACAAUUCUUCUUUUCUUUUGGUACAAUGAAUCUGGGUAAGGUUGAUGGGAAUUACCAGAAGAUGGAAAAGGCUCAGCAGCAGCAGAAGGUUGUGAAGAAGGAGGCGGAGGAGGAGCCCGAUGAGGAAUUGAAGGAGGAGAGCACUGUGGAGGAAGAGAAGAAGAAGAAAGGGGUGGUGGGUAGUGGAAAGAGGUGUUGUCAGGCUGAGAAGUGUACGGCGGAUCUGAGUGACGCUAGGCAGUACCACAGGAGGCAUAAGGUGUGUGAGUAUCAUGCCAAGGCUCAGGCCGUGCUUGUGGGUGGGAUGAGGCAGCGGUUUUGUCAGCAAUGCAGCAGAUUUCAUGAGCUAUCAGAAUUUGAUGAAGCCAAGAGGAGUUGCCGGAAGCAUUUGGCCGGCCAUAAUGAACGGCGAAGGAAGAAUUCUGCUGAGUCUCAUGCAGAAGGCUCAAGCCGCAAGGGAACAUGCACUCAUCAGUUGAAGGAUAUUGUUUGUGGGCAGGUUGAUGAUAGGGGAAGAAUUCAGAUAACCAUCCAUGAGAACUCCACUUACAAGCAUUUCCAGAUCAGAUAAGAUCUCAAGCUAUCAUGCUCUCUCUCUUCUGUCAUAGAAUAUGUAAUGAGAGUUAAGCCUUGCUCUGUAUCACCUAUUUAUUGCAAAUUUUAUUUAGGUCAAGUACAAAUGCCAACGGCUGCAAUUUCCAUUUAUUGGGUUAGGAUUUCUAGUUACAAACUUAGUAUGUGGCUAAGCAUUUAACUUUUGUUUAUGAUUUGCAUGUACUUCCUUAAUUGCCCCUUGAUUAGGGCAUUAUCUUAUCUAUUAUCUCCUACUUGGUUUUCA